AUGAGACUAUCUACCACUCACUCCAGUAUUGCUGGUGUCUUGUCGGCGAGCAGUCUCCUGUUCACGACCGGACUCGCCGCCCCCACCACCACUACGAACAUCACAGUCCACCAACCCAACGUCGCUUUUUUCCCGACACCACUUCCCGCGCCUGGGGCCGCCAGCCACUUUGAAGCCAUCAUCGAACAAUUCAACCGACUGGGUCGGACGACGGUGUGGAAUCUCGUCAAGAAGGUCAAGUUUGAAGGAGACACCGGCGAACCCGAGGGGAUGGUCAACAUCGGCGAAGAACGUUACAUCCUCGGCGGCGGGCAAUGGACCAACAAGACGGUCUCGUACGGCAAGAAUGUCGUCAUCAACGGCACCGACCGUACCCCGGGGUCUGGCUACGCCCACUUGACCGUCUACGACGGCCAGGGCAAACUCAUCGCCGACGCCACACUCACCAAACCGGACGCCCUCGAGUACCACAUCGGGGGGAUCGAGUACGACGGGCAAAAAGUCUGGGCAACCAUAGCCCAGUACCGGCCCAACACCACCGCGACCAUCGUCUCCGUCGACCCUGAGACCCUUGCGGAUCAGCCAGUCUUUCAUUACGCAGACCACCUCGGCGGGAUCGUGCACGACACCCAAGCCCAAAAGCUCAGCACCUUGAACUGGGGAGCCCGCAACGCUUCAGUCUGGGAUUUGAAUGGUCCUCCGGCCUGUCCGUACCCGGAAUUCAGCCAGCCAAAGUCUGUUGCUAGAAAUCCGAGUUACUUUGUAGAUUAUCAGGACUGCAAAUUCCUAGGUUAUUCCUCGGUGUACGCCAGCCGUCCCACGAUGAUGUGCUCGGGCGUGGCGACGUACUCGAACAACGUCACCGUCGGGGCCGUGGCCAUUGUGGACACGGAAACCAUGGUGCCGUACUCGGAAGUUCCCCUGACCAUGAUGAGCGACCUGGGAACUCCCAUCACCCAGAACCCCUUCGACGUGGCCCUGGUGGACGGCAAGAUGCGUCUGUACUUUUUACCUGACCAGCGUAACUCGACCCUGUACGUGUACGAGGCAGAGGAGAACAGUCCGUACGAGUACUAG